AUGGCACUGUUGUCUGCCCACUUUCUGCUUAUAGGAUUUACGCUCCUUACAGCUUAUUUCUCAUAUCUGGCUACAUUGGACAUAUCUACUAGUCUCUCGCCGCAAGGAUGUCAAAUGUCGUAUAUGUCCCCUUCAUACGUCCUGCAAACGGGGUUCGAUAAACGGUGGUCAAACCUAGCAGGGCGGUAUUCGCUAUAUUUGUACAGAGAAGUCGCCUGGGACGAUGGCAAGGUGCGCGGCUCUAUGGACCCACCAGCGGUGUGCCUGCCUAGCGGUAUUCCUGUCCUCUUCAUUCCAGGAAAUGCCGGUGCCGCGGGACAAGUUCGUUCGAUCGCAUCGUCUGCAACUAGGCAGUACUUUCAACGACCAGGCGUCGUUGCCGACGAAUUCGAGACGGGUUGGAAGAGAGGAGUGAAACCGUUGGACUUUUUUGCGUUGGAUUUCAAUGAGGAUCUUUCUGCUUUCCACGGGCCAACGCUAGAAUCGCAGCUACGUUAUGCAUCGAAUGCUAUUUCGUACAUUCUCUCGCUAUACCCCGCGAAAACUCAAAUUAUUGUCAUGGGACAUUCCAUGGGAGGCGUAGUCGCCGAUUCCCUGCUGCCGUCUCCGAAUAUCUCGGCCAUCAUUACCAUGUCGACACCUCACACUCUUCCUCCCGCGCGAUUCGACGCGCGAAUUGAUAAAAUAUACUCUCGAAAUCAACAGCUGCUGGCAACCGAUACUACGCCUAUCGUCUCGUUAUGCGGAGGAGCGACAGACAUGAUGAUACCAUCCGAGGCUUGCAUUCUGCCGCCCACUGAUGAUGACGUGAAGCCGUUCCGGCGCACGGUAUUUACGUCGGCUUUGGAAGGUGCUUGGACGGGCGUGGGUCACCGUGAGAUGGUUUGGUGUCACCAAGUGCGAUGGCGGGUUGCGCGGGCAGCUCUAGAGCUUGGGGCAAUGUUGGAGACGGCGGGAAGGAGCAAAAUCUUGGACAACUGGUUGAGGGACGGCCACACGCUCCCCCCCACAACUCAACCUGUCCCGGGGUCGUUGGAAUUGGCCGACGGCGACGCUUACGAGGUUCUUCCUCAAGCCUCGGACCUGAUGCUCAAGGAUCCCCAUGGGGAUGCCAGGACGUACUUGCUUCCCUACCCUCGACACGUCGAAAAGGUGGUGUUAUAUGUUUCUAGCGGCUCUGUCAAUGGUAUCGCACCGUACCAUCGGUCACCACUUCGCGUGUCUCCUUAUACGUGCCACCGUCGUGUCGCUGGUUCUUCGUCGGUUAUAUGCAGUCCUCUGAAACCAACGAUGUUGAAACUGGUGCCAAAUCCCCUUCCGGGGAAGCCGUUUCCCGUCCCGCAGCGCGGGGCAGAUGAAUCUGAGGGCGUGGUGCUUUUCGAAGCGGAUAUCGCCGCCGAUAAACGGCACAACGAGGAUCAGUGGAUAGGUUUCCAAAUUGAUGGCGCUGACGGCCAUGGCUGGGUCGUUGCUGGCUUCGCCCAGUCGAAGGUGGUUUAUAAUAUUUGGCCGGGCGCUGCUGCUCUCUGGCGUCACCGCGUCGAGCUCCCACGCGAGGUGCAACUACGCACUCAGAUUGAUUUUCCAAACCUCGUGUCUAACGUGUUGGCCGUCUACAAGCUGACAGCGAAAUUCAAGCCGCAGGACAAGAAUCCGUCAUGCUCAGAUACACUUUUGCCGCCUGUUGUCAUGCAUACUUCGCAUUCCGCUGAGACGCAUUAUUUUCCGUUGGUACCGAUAACAGAGCCAGCGCAGCGCAUCCUGCUUCAUACUCAUGCCACUGCUCCGUAUGUCCCACAAACACCGGGUGGGACCGUUGGCACAAACAUUGUGAUUUAUUCGUCCGGAAGCGCAGGCUGUUUGUCGGAUCUAGAGGCUUUGUUUAUCGAACUAGACUGGUCUGCCACCGUCGGGAGAUGGGCAUCUCGUUAUCCGACGACAUUGGUCUGCUGGGCAGUAGGCAUUGUCGCUCUCAUAUUGUUCAGAUCAUGGGGUGUACAUGAUAAAGGAGCCCCGAUGCCCAGCGUAUCUCAAUCGUUGUCUGACUUCGUUCGUCGGGCACUACCCCGAUUGCUGUGGAUGUCAUUUGUCCUAUCCUUUUUGCCCUUCCCCGUGAGCAUAUAUCUUGGAAAUAGGGGCCAGCUAUGGUUUUCGUUCCUUGCCCCGUUGAUACUGUGCCUGGCGACUGGGGUCGUGUGCAUUAGUUGGAUGAUACUCGCGGUGUUGAUCUGGCCGAUUAGUAGAUUAAAAUCGUGGGCUCCGAGAGACAGGGGGGACGUGCGUAGUGCGCACCGCAGCACGGCAGUAUCCUUAACAUUGAUCUGUGGGCUCAUCUUUUUGUUUGUGCCAUGGCAAGUGGCAUACUUGGGGUGCUGGGUGUUCCAUCUGUUUACCUGCGCUUCGGAGAUACCUGUACAACAUACCCGGUCUACUACAACCAUUCCCCUCCUCGUUCGUGAGGGGUCCGAUGGCGAGACGGGGCUCGAAGCGUCGAAUGAUCAACCGAUUGAUCGUCAUGAUGAUACCUCCUCAAGCAGGCACGAUUUGGAUAAUCACCAUCACCAUCUGCAUUUGCUACUCUUCAUGACUUGGUUACUUCCCCUGACAGCACCGACACUGGCGGUGUGGGUGCGAACUCUGAUCACGGCUGGACCGACAACCCCCUUUGACGGAGAUCACAAUUUCUUGCGCGUCGUCCCCUUUCUGGUCUUGGCCGACUUUGUUUCGCGGUGUAGCGAUCCGUUGUUUCAAAGACAGAGCUUUGAGCGUAGAUGGUCGGUCCGAUGGCUAUGGGUUGGCGUGGCUUUAGUAGCAAUGCUUCUGGGAGCCAGACGGGUAUAUUUGGUAUUCGACGUGGCGACGAUUUCAGCAGGCGUUGUUGUGAUGGUUCGCAUCGGCCGGCGCUACUGGGGAGGACCUUCUUGGACUCCCUAA